AUGGGUCAGACACUUUAUGGACCUGCCAUGACUGUUACUUUCUUCUCCUUGAAUGCACGUUUGCAGGAGAAACCAAACCUCUUCCAGCAUUCAGGAAAACUUGAAAAGCUCAUCUUCUUGCAUGACUAUGGUCCUCAAAGUAGUCAUGCCUAUCUCAGGGAACACCAGUUUGUUUACAUAAGAUGGCAUCUUUGUUUGACCACCCCAACUAUAGUUGCAAACUUUGUCAACUUUGCCCUUAAUAGCUAUGAAGCAUGGAUACCUCUUUUGUUCAAAGUGUUGCUGUGUUGGGCAAAUUCAUCUGAGGAAACACCUGUUUUGUCACCUUUAGUCCCAGUUUCAUUAUUGGGUAGUUCAAAAGGUGAAGACCAGAAGCAGAAAGUUGUUACUAAGCAAGUAAAAGUUCAAGCGAGUCCAAAGAAGGUCAACUUGGUUGCUGCUCUGGUUCGUGGUAUGCUUGUUAAAGAUGCAUUGAUGCAGUUGGAAUUGACAAUAAAACGAGCAGCAAAAACUGUAUAUCAGCAAGCUGCGGGAUACAAUCAAAUCUUUUGGCUGUGUGCAGGGAAUUCUGAUCUCAAAUUGUCCACGGCUAUGCAGCGAAAUUCUUGA